AUGGCACACUUAUUCUUUGCGUGUUCGUUUGCUAUACAAGUAUGGCGUUUGUCGGGGCUGUGGUCUGAUGUUAGUGCUGCAAAUUCGAAUGAUGAUUCCAAUAUAGGGACUGUUUUUGCACUACUUGAUAUGCUUACUACAAAACAGAGAGUGGUAUUUGCUGCUACGGUGUGGAGCCUUUGGAAACACCGGAACUUAAAGGUUUGGGAGGAUGUAACGGAAGUUGCUGCAGUUGUUGUUGACCGUGCGCGUGUGAUGAUUACUGAGUGGCAGAUUGCAAACACCAAAACACCAGCUGAGAGCCGAGCGGCUACAACAGCACCUCCAACGCAGCUGCUCUCAAAUUCUGCAGAGGUAAAUUCCUCAGAUGAUGGUUUGGUAUUGUGGCAGAAACCGACAUCCGGGCGGUACAAGUGUAAUGUUGAUGCCGUUUUUUCUUCAAAUUUCAACCGUACGGGCAUUGGUAUAUGCAUUCAUGAUGAGGAAGGUGCUUUCGUCUUGGCAAAAAUGACGAGUUUUCCUUGUUUACAUCAGGUUACGGUUGGUGAAGCCAUGGGCUUAUUUGAAGCUUUCCAAUAG